AUGUCUGAAGCCUCACCCUCGCCCGUCAUUUUCACGGGCCCUUUGGGCACCACGCCCUCGGACUCGGAGUCUACUGUCAGAUCCGAGGCCCAGGACAACAAAGGUUUUUACAAAAAAGCGAGGCCUCGCAAUGUCCCCAAAUGGGUUGAAGAACUGCUCCCGGAUGUGGAAUACUUUGAAGGCGUCAGGCCAGAGUACGACUUGAAGAGUUACGAAUAUGUCCACGAGGCAGCCGGCACCAUGGCCCCAAAGCCGCUCGAGCCUGAGUUCACAGUGGCUGGGGCCGUUCUUCCUUGGCCCUGGGACGCAUCCAAUCCCGAUAGAAUCUGCGUUAAUAGAGUCAACACGCCUGGGGCGGAAGAGGACCCAAUCCACAUCAUUGACUUGGGAGACCUGCUCAAGAAACGUGUUGAGAUCGCCCAGGCCAGUGAACAGGACCAGGCCGAUCAACAGGAAGAUACCCGGUCUGAGUAA